AGUUCAGAAAUUGAAAACCUGGUCACAUCACACUACCAGCUAGACAAUGUUUAUUUAAUAAUGCAACAUAUUUCCGCCGUUCAUGACUUAUAGCAUGUCCAGGAACACUUCAAAACAAAAAAACAUGACAAAGGUCUUGUCUGCAAUCGAUUAUAAACUCUGAAAACACUCGUUCGGCGAACAAAGUUGUCUUGAAAGUUGAAAUGAGGUCUCUUUCUGGAUUGUUUCGAAAUGGCUUGUGGCGGCAGGGAAGGAUGGCCUUUUCAACAACGAAUAUUUCUAGCUACUACAGCUAUGAACCGGCAUUUCCAAUCGUUGGAAGGCACCCGAAAAUUUCAAAAGCGCAAGAAGCUGUUUCUGCAAUAAAAUCAGAUGACAGGGUGUUUAUCCAAGGUGCAGCAGCCACUCCUCUGCCACUUAUUAAAGCCAUGUCAGAACAUGGAAAGUCCACAGGGCUCAAAAAUGUUGAAGUAAUUCACAUCCACACAGAAGGGCAAGCAGAAUAUGCUUCAAAGGAAUAUGAAGGUAUUUUCCGAGAUAACUGCCUUUUCAUCGGUGGAAAUUUGAGAAAAGCGGUGAAUGAAGGUCGUGCUGAUUUUAUGCCAGUGUUUCUUAGUGAAAUACCUCUUUUGUUUCGAAGAAAUAUCUUGAAUAUUGAUGUUGCUCUCGUGCAAGUCUCGCAGCCGGAUGAACACGGCUUUUGUAGCCUCGGACCAAGUGUUGAUAUUACAAGAGCUGCAAUCCAAAAUGCAAAGUUUAUUGUUGCUUUGAGCAACCCGUCAAUGCCCAGAACAUUUGGUGACAGCUUGAUUCACAAAUCUCAUGUGGACGUUAUGGUUGAAGUUAACAACCCUUUGCCUGAAAUGAAAUCAGAAGAACCAAAUGAUGUGGAAAAAGCCAUUGGAAAACUAGUGGCUGAGAAUUUGGUGGACGAUGGAGCCACAUUACAAAUGGGUAUUGGAAGCAUCCCAAACUCAGUUCUGUCAUGUUUACAUGAACACAAAGAUCUUGGUGUUCACACAGAGAUGUUCAGCGAUGGAGUUGUUGAACUGGUCGAACAAGGAUGCAUAACAAACGCAAAAAAGGUUAUUCGACCUGGGAAGAUAGUUUCUUCCUUCGCAAUGGGAUCUCGGAGCCUCUUUAAGUUCAUAGAUAACAAUCCGUCAGUAGACAUGAUGGACAUAUCUUUUGUGAACAAGGUCGAAAAUAUUUCCAGAAAUCCUAAAGUAACUGCCAUUAAUUCAUGUAUUGAAGUUGAUUUAACUGGCCAGGUUGUUUCUGACUCUAUAGGAACAAGGAUGUAUUCCGGGGUUGGGGGACAGAUAGAUUUUAUUCGUGGGGCAGCAUUGGGUUAUGAUGGUUUGGGAAAACCAAUUUUAGCUUUUCCUUCCACGACAAGUAAAGGCGAGACGAGGGUGGUGCCUUACAUCAAACAAGGUGCUGGUGUUGUGACAACCCGAGCACAUGUUCAUUACAUCGUCACAGAGUAUGGCAUAGCAUAUCUAUUUGGAAAGAAUUUAAGACAACGGGCACAUGCACUCAUUCAAAUAGCACACCCAGCACAUCGAGAAAACUUAGAGAAAGAAGCUUUUAAUAGACUGAAGUGUAUGCCGUCGCCAUAGGUCGGAAUUAGUGGUUAAAAUAACUAAUAAUUUUGGCCUGAAAUAAUUUAAUAAGGGGUAAGAGAUAGGGUAUGUAUGGUGGUCUUCUUGAACAAAAUGAGAUUGUCUAAAAACUGAACAAUAAUCUAGACUCGCCAAAACACUUGCAGUGAAUUUAUUCAACCAAAGUCAAGAUGUACAGAGUGUUUAAAAAACUGUAAACUCUUUUAAAAUCAGAUAUUUUUGAAAUUUUAGCACUGACACUGUGUCAGGGGAUAAGGAACGAAAAAACAAGCAAAGCUAGUACGAAAUUUUGUUGUUCGUGUGUUAAAAGCUACGGUGCAUGCGAUGAUAUAAGCUUACCUAGGGUUUUAUGCUUACAUUAUUUUGUUAUAUAUAUUUAUACAACUCGUAAUAUUUAACUUUUUUGCCCAUACGUUCUCAGAAACAUCUUUCUUUUAACUAAUUGCUCGAGUGAGUCGAGUCCAUAAAUGAAAUGUUUUACUGCAUGAAUGAAAUUAUCAUUUCAUUUAAAAUUUCCCGAGUAAGUAUUAAAAAAGUGUGUGGUUUACCAUGCACAAGUUUGAAGGCGGCUACCCGAGUAAUGAAAGGAAUUUUUUCCUCGAAAUCGUUAUUUCAAUUUUAAUAUUACUAAUGUAAUUAAAAAUAAAAA